AGGUGAGCAGCAGGUGCGCCGUGACGUCACUGCUUGGUAACCUGCUACCGAGAGAGAGAGAGAGAGAGAGAGAGAGAGAGAAGGAAGAAGAGAUUUGUGUUGGUGUUGGAAGUUUCUAACUUCAGUGUGGGUUCCACAGAGAACCAUCAGCAUGGGGAAGAAGACAGAGGAUAAACAACAGCAGAACUCUGAAUAUGGAGAGCCGACGCAAUAUGACCCGACGUUUAAUGGACCCAUUCACAACAGGAGCUGCACUGAUAUCAUCUGCUGUGUCCUUUUCAUGCUCGUCCUCGUCGGAUACAUGGUGGUUGGAAUUCUGGCGUGGCUGUACGGCGACCCACGGCACGUGCUUUACCCACGCAACUCCACCGGCAUGUACUGUGGCCUCCCACCCAAUCAGGAUAAGCCGAACGUGUUUUACUUUAAUAUCCUAAAAUGUGCCACAGCGACAAACAUCAUGGCCGCCGCACUUCAGGGUCUCCAGUGUCCCACCACUCAGAUCUGCGUGCGAUCGUGUCCCUCAAGUUUCUGGUCUCUGGACCUUGCAGCCUACACUGCUUCCUCUUCAGAUUUAAAAAUUUACUUUAAACAGGAACUGUGUGUGCCGUCCUUCAACCUCAGCAGCACCACACUUUCAGCAACGGAGAUCAUUAACAGGGAGUUGUGUCCAUUCUUCUACACACCUACCUCUUCAGUGUUGGGAAGGUGUUUACCCACUUUAGGCCCAGUGUAUAAUAGCGUCCCCUCUAACUUCAGUCUCCCCGGCAUGUCGAGCAAUCAGACUGUGAACAUGAUCAAGGAUGCUACAGGUGAUGGAAGGUUUUCAGCUGACCUCCUGGGUGGCUUUAACGCCCGAGACGUGGGCGUUCGCAUCUUCGCAGACUUUGCUUCUACUUGGCAGUGGAUCAUUGUAGGGCUGGUGAUAGCGAUGCUCAUCAGUUUGCUGUUCCUCCUUCUGUUACGCUUCUUGGCGGCCAUCUUGGUGUGGGUGCUCAUCUUUGGAGUUCUGGCAGUAGGAGCAUUCGGUAUCUGGUACUGCUAUAACGAGUACGCGUCGUUGGCUGACUCCACUCUGACCUACAAUAACGUCGGCUUCACCACCAACGUCAACGUGUACCUGCAGAUCCGGGACACGUGGCUCGCCUUCUUGAUCAUCCUCUGUGUGGUCGAGGCGAUUCUCCUGCUGAUUCUCGUUUUCCUCAGAACUCGAAUUCUCAUCGCCAUCGCUGUUAUUCAGGAGUCUAGCAAGGCGGUCGGCUAUAUGAUGUCAACGCUGUUUUACCCAAUAGUCACGUUUGUGAUGCUCGUUGUUUGUGUCUCCUACUGGGGCAUCACCGCUCUUUAUCUGGCUACAUCAGGAGGUCCAGUGUACAAUGUUGUAGCUUUGAACUCUUCAGAGAGAGGCUGCAGCUCCAUCGCAGGCAACCAGAGCUGUGACCCGACGACGUUUAACUCCUCGGCGUACGGGAGCUGUCAGUCUGCACGCUGUGUGUUUAUAAAGUACAACACGGACGGUCUGUUCCAGAGGAACCUCUUUAACCUGCAGCUGUAUAACGUGGUGGGUUUCCUGUGGUGCGCCAACUUCGUCAUCGCUCUGGGACAGUGCACGCUCGCCGGAGCCUUCGCCUCCUACUACUGGGCCUUCCACAAACCCUCUGACAUCCCAGCAUGCCCUCUGAUCUCCUCCUUCAUGAGGGCGCUGCGGUAUCACGUCGGCUCUCUGGCAUUCGGGGCUCUGAUUCUCACACUAGUGCAAAUAGUGCGCAUUAUUCUGGAGUACCUUGACCACAAGUUCAGAGAGGCUCAGAACCCCUGUACUCGGUUUUUGAUGUGCUGUCUGAAGUGCUGCUUCUGGUGUCUGGAAAAAUUCAUCAAGUUCAUCAACAGAAACGCUUACAUCAUGAUCGCCAUUUACGGCAAAAACUUCUGCGUCUCGGCCAGAAACGCCUUCUCUCUGCUCAUGAGGAACAUCAUCAGGGUGGUGGUGCUGGAUAAAGUGACCGAUCUGCUGCUGUUCUUCGGCAAACUGCUGGUGGUGGGCGGAGUGGGUGUGCUGUCGUUUUAUUUCUUCACCGGCAAGAUCAUGAUUCCCAACUCAUCCUUCACCGCUUCAUCACUCAACUACUACUGGAUGCCCAUCAUCGCGGUAGUGUUUGGUGCGUAUCUCAUUGCGAGCGGGUUCUUCAGCGUCUACAGCAUGUGUGUGGACACACUCUUCCUCUGCUUCUUGGAGGAUCUGGAGAGGAACGACGGCAGCGCUGAGAAGCCCUACUACAUGUCCAAGAACCUGAUGAAGAUCCUGAACAAGAAAAACAAACAGCCCAAAAAAUGAACCUUCACUUCCUGCUUCCACUAAAAUCCUGUCACAUGCCCAAUCAGCUCCUCUACCUGCUCCCACACACUGCACUUUAGCCUCCUUUAUUAGCACUUACUGUUUUUAGCAUUCAUUAGCUUUUAGCGUUCAUUUAGCCUUCAUUAGGAGUACCGGAUGUAACACUUACUAAAGACUAAUCCCAGACUCAACACCUAACCAGCAUCCAGCUCAACCUUAACCUUCUCUUUCAGCACACUGUAUUAGCAUUUGUUUACGUUUAGCAUUAGCAACUUUCAGCCUUCAAUUCAAGCAGCUAUUGCUUCAAAGACUAAUCCUGGACUCAACACGCUUGCCAAAGUCUCUCUAAACAUGAGAGAGAAUUUGUUUUUGAUGAGCAUAUUUUGUUUUUUUUAACGUUCAUUAGCAACUUUUGAGGUUAGCUGUACGAUCUAUUUAACAAACAUUUGAUUAGCAUGUUUUUCUUUUAUUGUUUUAGCGUUACAUUAUUUAUCAGUUUUUAAAGACUAAAAGAAAUCUAAGACUAAACGCACUUUUGGAGCAAAGUAUGUUUUAAAUGUCUUUUUCAGAACACAUGAUUAGCAUUUGUUAGCAAAGCGAUAUAGAUUUAUGUACCAUAUUUUAUAUAACUUUAUAGAAUUGUGUCCCAGGGUACGAAAAUGAUCCUCCUGGAACACUGUACACUCCGUAAAGACUAAUCCCAGACUUAACAAUUUACACAGACGCUGGUUAGACAUGUGAAAUGAGGUGCGUUUAUUCUCUACGUUCUUUUAGAGCCUUAAUGAAAUAUUCUUUCAAACAGCUGACAGAUUAAACCAAAGACGCUUAACACUAACCCCAGACUUAACACACACUUAACCAGUGUUUGUCUAAAUGUUGGUCCAAGCCAAAUGUAUCCUCCUUUCCUGGAAUUUAUGAUUAGCAUGUUUGUCUUUAAACGCUGAUUAGCAUUCGCGUUUUUAACUUUAGCUAUGUGACUUAUCCAUGAAACACUUCCCAAAAACUAAUCCCAGACUUAACACACACUUAAUCAGUGUUUGUUUAAAUGUUAGAGAACGCCAAACUUAGCCUUCUUUUCUAGAAAAAAAAUGGAUUAGCAUUAGUUUAGCUAUACAAUUUAUUUAACAAAGACUCUCCAAAGACUAAUCCCCGACUUAACACGGCUAGCUAUCGAAAAUCUUACGUUAUUUUAAGCCUCUGGGCAGCGAGUCUGAAACACGUUAGCGAGGAGGCCGUGUCCUAGCGUGUGUGUGUAAGAGGUUCUCGUUGAGAUUGAAGGUUUUUAUAUUUUAUAUUGUGUGUGUGUGUGUGUGUGUGUGUGUGAGAUUUAGCCGAGCGCCGCCAAGGUUGAGUUUUUACAUUAAUGAUGUUUGCAGGAAAAAGACAUUUUGAAUGACAUUUCUUGUUACCGGUGCCUAUCAUUUAUUAUUUUUAUAAAUUAUGAACUCAAUGAAGCCACAACACUCCGAUUUUAUCAUCUACAGCUUUUAGUGCCAGGAGAAAGUUUUAUUUUUGAACAAAUAAAGCUGUUUAUUUAAUAUCCGUGAAAGUGAUGAGACUGUAAAACUGUUUAAAAUCUAUUUCUGUAUUUCUGUAAUAAUUCUAGAUUAAUGACUUUAUCGUUGAUUUCAGUGAGCAGAGUGUAUUUAUACAACUGUGAAAUAAAGUGUUGGAUAUAAA